AUGAAUCAAGAACUCCCUCCACCUGAGGAUUACGAUAAUCCGGCACCGAAGCCAGGCGAGGGCUGUGCCUUGGCAGGGUGCGACAAAACCGAAGAGCUCAAUCGUUGCAGUGCUUGCAAAGUCUUCUUGUAUUGUACUCGCGAACACCAGGUCGAGGAUAGACCCGCUCACAAGACCACCUGUAAUGAGAUCAAAAAGGCAAGGGCAAAUGUUGAGAAGCAAAGGCAGGCUCUCAUCGACGACCCCGAAUUCAGAAAUGACAACCCUUUCGAGAACCAUGUUGGCCGUUUCUGGAAAUUGCGUGAAACGCGCCCCUACAUGAUGUCGUUAAGCAAAUUGGCCCAAGCUUUCCAAAACAAACUUUAUCGACCUGCACUUGAAGCCGAGCUCGAGGUCUGCAUGGAAUUACUGAGAUUAUGCCCAGGAGAUAACAUGGGUGUGCGCGAAACUGUACCUGCGUUGUUUAUACGCCUCAACAGGGACCAAGAAUGUUAUGACUUCAUCAAGUGGUGGGCUACCACAGCAAAUGAGAGAGACUACGACUGGGACACAUCGGAUCGUUACCUCAAUAUCAAAAAUGCGGACAUUUUCGAGCCUUGCGAUUUCGUCAAUGAAAAAUCCCUCAUCGGCUCAUUGUCUCUCCACGCUUGCAUGAUGAUCUUGAAAAUCAAAUUUGUGCUGGACUUGAUCAAACUACGAGCCACCCAGAACUCAAUCGAGAAGAUGAGCGCCAAUCUUUGUGCCGAGGCCGGCCCGCCGCCCGAGGAGAUAUUUGAGGAGCUCAAAAAAGGGAAGUUGCAGAAGCUCGGCUAUUCUUGCACGCCCCGAGCUCCUUGUUGA